GGUGGCUUCUUAAUAUUUGUAACACCUUCUAGCAUGUGCAACACUUUUCUUAUUGCUGGCCUCCGAGAUGGUUACUCCUAAAUAUACCAAAAGCUUGCUUGAAUCAACCUUUUUAAUUCAUCCAAAUUAUCUUCAUUCAUUCUUUUGUCAAAAAUGUCCAUGAUAUUACCUUUAUCAAUCUCUUCAUAAACCCAAUCUGAUAUCUCCUCAUUAUGUAAUGGUCCCUUUUGAGAUUUGAAAGUCCCUCCUUCCACUCAUUAUUUCCAUCAAAACCAAACCAUAUCUAUAAACAUUAAAUUUUGUAGUCACUGAAAGAUUUGAAAGCCAUUCUGGAUCCACAUACCCUUUGGUUCCUCUCAUAUUUAACAUGGUUUGGUACCUGUAAUCCUGGGAAAUUAUGAGCCUUACAAGGUUAAAGUCUGAGAGUAUUAAUUGAUUAGUCAGGUCAAAAUCUUGAGAUGGCAUCGACAACUAGGAACUGGGUUCUUGUAACUACAAACAAGUACCAAAAGUUUCACAGUAUCCAUUAACAUCAUAUUGAUUUUUCAUUUUUUCACUACAAAACCGUGAAUAAUCAACCCUAUGGAAGAUUCAAACUCCUUCCCCAUUGUUGAAAAUUUCAAACACCAAACAUGAUGAACAACUUUUUUUCCAAUCCUUCCAUAAUGACCCCGAGGGAGGGCCAAGUCAAAGUCUUCCACACACUCAUCUUACAACAUGGUUACACUAUUAAAUGCACACCCUCGCACACAACGAAACAUCAAAAAACAUGUUCCUCCAAAUCCAAUUUUUGUUCCUCGCUCUCGUUUUAGUAACCACCACCGUCACCACCGCCAUAGACCCAGGUUCCACUCUUUCAGUGUCUUCCAACCAAACGUGGUCUUCUACCAGCGCCACCUUCUCUCUUCGAUUUGUCUCCGUUCAGCCACCGACCACCCCUCCUUCCUACACCGCCGCCAUCGUCUUCUCCGGCGGCGCCCCCGUCGUCUGGUCCGCUGGAAACGGCACCGCCGUGGACUCCGGCGGGUCCCUCCAGUUCCUCCGCAACGGCGCCCUCCGCCUCGUGAACGGCUCCGGCGCCACCGUGUGGGACUCCGGCACGGCGGACCUCGGUGCCACGUCAACUACCCUAGAAGACAGUGGCAAUCUGGUAAUUUCGAACGGCACGGAUACCCUCUGGUCAAGCUUUGACCACCCGGUGGAUACCCUUUUGCCCUCUCAGAAUUUCACUGUUGGUAAGUCCCUCACAUCUCAAAGUUACUCUUUUAGUCUUCUUACAAAUGGGAAUUUGACCCUCAAGUGGAACAAUAGCAUAGUGUAUUGGAACCACCAGGGUUUGAAUUCUUCAGUGAAUGCGAGUUUGGAUUCCCCAGUGUUGGCUUUUUCAUCAAUUGGCCUUCUGCAGCUUUCUGAUGUGAAUUUGAUCACUCCUGUUCUUGUUGCUUAUAGUAGUGAUUAUGAUAGGAAUAGUGAUGUGUUUAGGGUGUUGAAGUUGGAUAAUGAUGGCAAUUUGAGGAUUUAUAGCUUUAAUUGGGGUGGUGGAAGUUCUACUGUAAGGUGGAGCGCUGUUCAGGAUCAAUGUGAGGUUUAUGGAUACUGUGGGAACUAUGGUGUGUGUAGUUACAAUGAUUCGAGCCCGGUUUGCAGGUGCCCUUCCCAGAAUUUUGAUAUCAUUGAUCUAAAUGAUACUAGAAAAGGGUGCAGGAGGAAGGUGAGUCUCAGUAGUUGUCAAGGGAAUGCAACUAUGUUGACAUUGGAUCAUGCUGUGAUCUUGACUUACCCUAAUGACCCUGCGUCGCUGUCUUUUUUCAUAGGAAUUUCAGCGUGUAGAGGGAAUUGUCUUUCGGGUACUGGAGCCUGUUACGCUUCUACCUCCUUGUCGGAUGGAUCGGGGCAAUGUGUGAUGAAAUCAGAAGAUUUUGUUAGUGGUUAUUAUAGUCCUUCACUGCCUAGCACUUCUUAUAUCAAGGUUUGUCCACCGUUGGCACCGAAUCCACCGCCCUCUUUGGGGGAGACUGUGAGGGAAAAGAGGUCCAGGGUGCCUGCUUGGGUUGUGGUGGUUGUUGUUUUGGGUACAAUUUUGGGUUUGAUUGCCUUGGAAGGUGGUUUGUGGGUGUGGUGUUGUAGGAACAGUGCGAGGUUUGGAGGGUUGUCUACUCAUUAUGCGCUUCUUGAGUAUGCUUCUGGUGCGCCAGUGCAGUUUUCGUACAAGGAGCUGCAACAAGCUACAAAGGGGUUCAAGGAGAAGCUUGGAGCUGGGGGAUUUGGUUCUGUGUAUAGAGGAACUCUUGUUCCCAAAACUGUUGUUGCUGUGAAGCAACUUGAGGGGAUUGAGCAAGGUGAGAAGCAGUUUAGGAUGGAAGUUGCCACUAUUAGUAGCACUCAUCAUCUCAAUUUGGUGAGGCUUAUUGGAUUUUGCUCAGAAGGGCGCCACCGGCUUUUGGUUUAUGAGUUUAUGAAAAACGGGUCUCUUGAUGAUCUUAUACUCCUAACAGAACAUCAUUCUGAAAAAUUGUUGAGUUGGGAGCAUCGAUACAACAUUGCCCUGGGAACUGCAAGAGGCAUCACAUACCUACAUGAGGAGUGUCGUGAUUGCAUAGUCCAUUGUGACAUAAAACCAGAAAACAUUCUCUUGGAUGAGAACUAUGUUUCCAAAGUCUCAGAUUUUGGUCUUGCAAAGCUCAUUAGUCCCAAAGAUCACAGGCAUCGGACCUUGACAAGUGUGAGAGGAACCAGAGGGUAUUUAGCUCCUGAGUGGCUUGCGAAUCUUCCCAUAACAUCCAAAUCUGAUGUUUAUAGCUAUGGUAUGGUUCUGUUGGAGAUUGUGAGUGGGAGGAGGAAUUUUGAUGUAUCAGAGGAAACAAAUAGGAAGAAGUUUUCCAUUUGGGCCUAUGAAGAGUUUGAGAGAGGUAACAUUAGUGGAAUUUUGGACAAAAGACUUGCUAACCUAAAAGUUAAUAUUGAACAAGUGAGAAGAGCAAUUCAAGCAAGCUUUUGGUGCAUCCAAGAGCAACCGUCUCAGAGACCAAUAAUGAGCAGAGUGUUGCAAAUGCUAGAAGGGGUAAUAGAGAUUGAAAAGCCACCUGCCCCAAAAUCAAUGAUGGAAGGAGUUGUUAGCGAAACCGGAUCAUACUUGAGUAGCAAUGCCAGUGCAUUCUCCGUAGUUGGAGUUUCACCCCCUGGUCCCUCCUCUUCAUCUUCAUUUCAGAUUAGUGGAGUUUCAACCUUCACGUCAAGAAUGAACACUGAAAAGCCAACCUCGUCUCUUUUACAAUCAGACACAUGAGAAAAACAUUCAACAUUUAUGGCAUCAUCUAGGUGCUUCUAAUAAGCAUCCCUUUCAACAAAAGUAAAAGCUUUGCCCAUCAAGUUGUGUAUAAUAUGAUAUUGAUUAUAUACUAUAUUUUAUUUUUCUUUUCUUUACAGUAAUCAUACUAUACUAGUUUAAAACAAGAUUUUGCCAAGUUAUCGUAAUUAUUUUUAAUCAAUUCCUAAAAAUUUUCCUAUUUGUAUGUCCAUCUGAUGUAGGAGAAGUUUUUAACUAAUCCAUUCAUCGUUUCAAUCCCACAUAAUUUGUUUGUACGCUUUCUUUAUAAUUUACUCGGUUAAUCAUUAGUUGUUUAUUGUAUG